UUAGAAAUACUAAUCAAUUAGUAGCACUUACAUACACAUCUUUGCUCUAUUCAUUAUAAUCGGGGACUGGAACAAAGCCACAAGACAAUCAUAAUUUGUACCGGAGUUGCAGUGUUCUCUAGCUAUACUCCUAUAGUAUGCCUCCCCAAGAAAAACCCUCCGGAAAAUCCAAAGCCAUGAAGAACAAAAAGCGUGCUCAAAACCCAAAUUGCCCCAAUUUUUGUGAUGAUGUUAUUAUAACAGAUAAAAUAUCGAAACCAAGAAUAAAGAGAAAGCAGCGUCCAAACUGGCUACAACUUCCUUAUGAUGUCACAAUAAACAUCUUCCGAAAGUUGGGGGCUGUUGAGAUUCUUCUGAAUGCCCGGAAGGUGUGUAAAGCUUGGCAUAAUAUCUGCAAAGAGCCUUUCCUAUGGAUAGUGACUAGCAUGCACCAUGAUGUAGAUUAUGGAAAAUUUGAGCCUGCUCAUCUUGAUUUGAUUUGUAUGGCUGCGGUUGAUCGAAGCCAAGGCCAGCUUCUCGAUGUCUCCAUUGAGUUUUUAGCCACCCGUACGGUGAUGAAUUACAUUGCUCAAAGAUCAAGUCAGCUUAGUCGUCUCCGGCUUGUGAAUUGUCACUAUUACUUAGACCGACACACCUGGAAUAAAUUUUUGGAAAGAGUUCCUCUUCUGGAGGAACUUAGCCUUAAGUUUUCUGGUAUGCCAGGGGAGGCUAUUGAGGAUGCUAGUCGUCAUUGUCCUAUGCUGACAACAAUCAAAAUUCGUGUUUACGACAAGGGCUGUCAUCCUUGUUUAGAUGUUGUGCUGGCUGCAGCAAUGGGAAUGACUCAAUUACGCCACCUCCAACUUUCUGGUUAUGUGAUAUUGAGAAGACAUUUGGAGGCUAUCAUCUCGAGUGGCUGUACGCAUCUUGAGUCGCUUGAUCUCACUGGUUGUUUCUCCGCUCGUGAUAUUAUCUCUUUAAGUUUAAGGGAAAAAUGUAUUGCACAGAUUGAAAAUAUAAGAUUCCCCGCUGACUGGAUGGGAAAAUUCAUGGGCGAAGCUGACUGGAGCGAAAUGGAGGACUAAGGUGGCUUUUGUUGGAUGGGAUAGAAAAGAGGGAUUUAGCCCAUCCAAGUGAAAGAUAUGAGGUUUCCUUCAGCGUGUGCUUCUGACUGUAUGUAAGAAGUCUUAUAGGAUGCUAACUUUUGAUUAAGGCCGGAAACAAAACUAUUUUAUUGGAAAUAAAAUUUUGUUUUUGUCAUUUUUGACAAAUUGACAAUCA